CUGUUUUGUCCAGAUAAUACUUACACGUACAUACUAAAUAUUACACAAAGUGAGAUAUAAAUAAUAUAAGUUAUAAAAAGGAAUUUGACAAAACAGUAUAAGAUUUAUUAUUACACUAUCCAAAUUUCUCUAUUGGAACUUAUCUUAUUACAACACAAAUAACAAUGAUAUUACGGACUAGAAUAUCUUUUAUUUUUACUUUUAUGUUUUGUUUUGACACAAUACAGAUGAAGCCUCAAGAAGACAAAAAUGGUGAUCAGCAAGGACCUUGUGUUGGAAUGGAUUGUUUACAUGGUGUCUUAAUGCACAAUGACGAAACGCAAGGAGAAAAGCACGUUGCUGAAGACCAGUAUCUAAGGUUUAAAGGUGUACUUGACACUGAAAAAGAACGAGAUGGUCCUCUUGAUGCAGAAGCUCAACUGCACGGCAUACUUAUGCACGGAGAUAGCACUUCAAAAGAUCAUCAUUUAGUGAAUGAAGCAGUUCUUCCUGAAACAAAAGUAAAUGUUGCACCAAAGGAUUUGUCUGAAGUUAUACAUGAAGGAAUGCAUGGGGGAGAAGGUGCACAUGCAAAACAUGAUUGGAACAAGGAAACAUCAGAUCAGGGCGGCUUUAAAGGGCCAGUUGAUGGUGAAAAAUUUAUGCACAAUGUUUUAAUGCAUGGGAUAUUAAUUAUUGAGCAUAAAGAAGUAGUCCGGAACACACACCGUGUUGAAGCAUUGGUGAUUCUGAAGGUGGCACGGAGCACAAAACACCAAGGGACAGGAGCAGUCAACAAUGUUCUGAAGAAAAAUAUUGGACCAAAUAAUGACCUGCAUGGGAUUCUCAUGCAUGGGGAUUCUAACGUUGGUCAUGAUCAUUCUCACGAAGACUCAAAAGCUACGCAUGAUGUUUUUAGUGAUAUAUCUCAAAUAAAAGACCUUGGUUUAGAUGAAAGCCUACUUAAAAUGAUAGAUAUCGACAAACUCAUUGAGAAAGAUAGACAAGAAUAUGCUAAUUGGAUAAUAAAUAAUCCACAAUUUCAAGACGAGACACUGAUGGGGUCAACAAUAGCGAGUGUAUCGGAUACCAUUCUCACUGACAUAGAAUUAAUGAAAAAGCGGUACCUUGCAAAAAAUAACGAACAAGGGAUUGGUAAAACAAAAUCAGUGCAAAAACAAGAUGAUUAUCCCUUCACAGCAGAAGACGCAAAAGCAGUAUACGAUGAAACCAUGCAUGCUUUAGAUGGGGAGGAUGCAAGACACGAACUUGAACUCUUAGGAAGCACAGAACCUAUCAAUGCAAGACAUAGAGCUAAACUGGAAUUACUUAAAUCAAAGCUUGAAAAAUAAAUGUAAUAAGUAAAGAAAUCUGUGCUUUUUUACCUGUAUAAUUAUUUGAUGCAAG